CUGAAAUGAAAUGUUUUAUGUUGGGGUAAGAAAAGGAGGAAAGAAGUUACAAGAAGGCCAAUCUGACUCAGCUCUGAGUGAGGGGUCGGGUGAGAAAUGUGCUUUCUAUCUGAUCGCCCAGGGUGAGGGUCCUUUGUAAAGGGGGCUGCCCUGCAGUGAGGCCGAGGUCUGCAGACAUGGUGGCGAAGACUUGGAAGCCAGGAAGGCAGAGGCCCUCCGGCUCCCUCUUAGUAAGAUCUGCCACUGACUCUUGUCUUUUUUUUUUUUCCUGAGGUUUGUGAGUUCGAAUUUUGGAGAAGAAUCUCCAAGGUGAAUCAGGGAGCAGUUUCUGGGAGGAAAAAGUUCCCAGUGGAGCACAGAGCAGAUUGGCUGAGGGGCAGCUUCCAACAGGAAGUCCCCCAGUGGCCUGAGCAAUCCUGCCAAGUCUGCCAGGCACCCGCAGUAGCCCACACCACACCUUUCGGGAAUUUGAAACAAGGAUUCUGGCCUGCCCUUUGAAGAAGAUAGAAAGAGUGCUACCAGGAUCUUAUAUUGAGCUGGACCAGGAAGAUGUAGGGCAGAGUUGGCAAGCAGAGACUGUAAACUGGGUGGGUCCCUCCCAGGCCAUCUGGCAGGCCAGCAUCCUCAUGUGAUGACAAGCAGAUGUUGAAGCCACACAGUUCUCAGAGCUUGAGCCCAGGGGUGUUAGCCCCAAGUCCCCAAGCUGAAGAGGAUCUGUCUUCAGUUUGAUUUGCUGUCAGUCCUGAGGGCAGCCCACCCCACUGCUGGGGAGAGUGUGGUGUGGGGCCUGGGUGGGGAUGCUCUGUGCCCAGCUCCUCUGCAGCAGCAGCAUCCAGGUCUCGCAGGCACAUCUCCUUUUCCCAACAAGGCCCACACACCCACCUCCCUGGCCUGGACCCUGGGCAGGCAGGAGGUGAGGAGUGGACAGCAGGCCCUGGGCAGGGUGGCCAGCCAGAACCCGGGGCUGCAGGCUGCAGCUGCCCGGCUGCCUACCACCCUCCUGGCUCCUGAACCCAGGAUGCAAGAAUGGCCAGCUCAUCUCUGCCCACCCUGGUGCCCCUGGGCCCUGACUGCCUGCGUCCCUUCACCCGGGAGUCCCUGGCAGCCAUAGAACGGCGGGCAAUAGAGGAGGAAGCCCGUCUUCAGAAGAACAAGCAGAAGGAAAUCGAGGAGCCAGAGCGGAAGCCACGCAGUGACCUGGAGGCCGGCAAGAAUCUGCCCCUCAUCUAUGGGGACCCUCCACCGGAGAUCAUCGGCAUCCCCCUGGAGGACCUGGAUCCUUACUACAGUGAUAAGAAGACCUUCAUCGUGCUCAACAAGGGUAAGGCCAUCUUCCGAUUCUCUGCCACACCUGCUCUCUACAUGCUGAGCCCCUUCAGCACUGUCAGGCGUGUCGCCAUCAGGGUGCUCAUCCACUCGCUCUUCAGCAUGUUCAUCAUGGUCACCAUCUUGACCAACUGCGUGUUCAUGACCAUGAGCGACCCGCCCCCCUGGUCCAAGGACGUGGAGUACACCUUCACAGGGAUCUACACCUUUGAGUCCCUCAUCAAGAUGCUGGCCCGAGGCUUCUGCAUUGAUGAUUUCACAUUCCUCCGGGACCCCUGGAACUGGCUGGACUUCAGUGUCAUCAUGAUGGCGUACCUGACAGAGUUUGUGGACUUGGGCAACAUCUCAGCCCUGAGAACCUUCCGUGUGCUGCGGGCCCUGAAAACCAUCACCGUCAUUCCAGGGCUGAAGACGAUUGUGGGGGCCCUGAUCCAGUCAGUGAAAAAGCUGUCAGAUGUGAUGAUCCUCACCGUCUUCUGCCUGAGCGUCUUUGCCUUGGUGGGGCUGCAGCUCUUCAUGGGAAACCUGCGGCAGAAGUGUGUGCGCUGGCCCCCACCCUUCAAUGACACCAACACCACGUGGUAUGGCAAUGACACAUGGUACAGCAAUGACACAUGGUAUGGCAAUGACACAUGGUACGGCAAUGACACGUGGAACAGCCAUGAGAGCUCAACCAACAACUAUACUUUUGACUGGGAUGCCUACAUCAACGAUGAAGGGAACUUCUAUUUCCUGGAGGGCUCCAAUGAUGCCCUGCUCUGUGGGAACAGCAGUGAUGCUGGGCAUUGCCCUGAGGGUUAUGAGUGCAUCAAGGCUGGACGGAACCCCAACUAUGGCUACACCAGCUACGAUACCUUCAGCUGGGCCUUCCUGGCUCUCUUCCGCCUCAUUACCCAGGACUAUUGGGAGAACCUCUUCCAGCUGACCUUGCGAGCAGCUGGUAAGACAUACAUGAUCUUCUUUGUGGUCAUCAUCUUCCUGGGCUCCUUCUACCUCAUCAAUCUGAUCCUGGCAGUGGUGGCCAUGGCAUAUGCUGAGCAGAACGAAGCCACCCUGGCCGAGGACCAGGAAAAGGAGGAAGAGUUUCAGCAGAUGCUUGAGAAAUUCAAAAAGCAUCAGGAGGAGCUGGAGAAGGCCAAGGCUGCCCAGGCUCUGGAAGGCGGGGAGGCAGAUGGGGACCCAGCCCACAGCAAAGACUGCAAUGGGAGCCUGGACACAUCGCCUGGGGAGAAGGGGCCUCCGAGGCCCAGCUGUAGUGCAGACAGUGGCAUCUCAGAUGCUAUGGAAGAGCUGGAAGAGGCCCACCAGAAAUGCCCACCGUGGUGGUACAAGUGUGCACACACAGUGCUCAUAUGGAACUGCUGUGCCCCGUGGCUGAAGUUCAAACACAUCAUCCACCUGAUCGUCAUGGACCCCUUUGUGGACCUGGGCAUCACCAUCUGCAUUGUGCUCAACACCCUCUUCAUGGCCAUGGAACAUUACCCCAUGACCGAGCAUUUCGACAACGUGCUUUCCGUGGGCAACCUGGUCUUCACGGGCAUCUUCACGGCAGAGAUGGUCCUGAAGCUGAUCGCCAUGGACCCCUAUGAGUAUUUCCAGCAGGGCUGGAACAUCUUUGACAGUAUCAUUGUCACCCUCAGCCUGGUGGAGCUGGGCCUGGCUAAUGUGCAGGGGCUGUCUGUGCUCCGCUCUUUCCGUCUGCUGCGGGUCUUCAAGCUGGCAAAGUCAUGGCCAACACUUAAUAUGCUCAUCAAAAUCAUCGGCAACUCGGUGGGGGCGCUGGGGAACCUGACACUGGUACUGGCUAUCAUCGUCUUCAUCUUCGCAGUGGUGGGCAUGCAGUUGUUUGGCAAAAGCUACAAGGAGUGCGUGUGCAAGAUCGCUGCAGACUGCGACCUGCCCCGCUGGCACAUGCACGAUUUCUUCCACUCCUUCCUCAUUGUCUUCCGCAUCCUGUGUGGGGAGUGGAUCGAGACUAUGUGGGACUGCAUGGAGGUAGCCGGCCAGGCCAUGUGCCUCACCGUCUUCCUCAUGGUCAUGGUCAUUGGCAACCUGGUGGUCCUGAACCUGUUCCUGGCUCUCCUGCUGAGCUCCUUCAGCGCCGACAGCCUGGCAGCCUCUGACGAGGAUGGCGAGAUGAACAACCUGCAGGUUGCCAUUGGACGCAUCAAGUUGGGCAUCAGCUUUGCCAAGGCCUUCCUCCUGGGGCUGCUGCACGGCAAAGUUCUGAGCCCCAAAGACACAAUGCUCAGCCUCGGGGAGCCUGGGGGGGACGGGGAGGAGGGAGAGGCCGCAGAGAGCGCCCCAGAGGACGAGAAGAAGGAGCCGCCACCAGACGAGGAGGACAAGGACCUGAAAAGGGACAAUCACAUCCUCAACCACGUGGGCCUGCCUGAUGGGCCUCCCUCCAGCAUCGAGCUGGACCACCUCAACUUCAUCAACAACCCCUACCUGACCAUUCAGGUGCCCAUCGCCUCCGAGGAGUCCGACCUGGAGAUGCCCACAGAGGAGGAGACCGACACAUUCUCGGAGCCUGAGGAUAACAAGAAACCGCUGCAGCCCCUCUACGAUGGGAACUCCUCCGUCUGCAGCACAGCUGACUACAAGCCCCCAGAGGAGGACCCUGAGGAGCAGGCCGAGGAGAACCCUGAGGGGGAGCAGCCUGAAGAGUGCUUCACUGAGGCCUGUGUGCAGCGCUUCCCCUGCCUCUAUGUGGACAUCUCCCAGGGCCGUGGAAAGAUGUGGUGGACCCUCCGCAGGGCCUGCUUCAAGAUUGUGGAGCACAACUGGUUCGAGACCUUCAUUGUUUUCAUGAUCCUGCUCAGCAGUGGGGCCCUGGUAGGUGCUACCCCAGGUGACAGGGCAAGGGCCAGGGUAAGUGCCAUCCCUUCCCCCCGACUCCCUUCCUUUCACACCAGGGAUGGAUGCAGCCUGGACAGUCCCGAACCCAGAGACUCGUAGAGGGGACUCACCUAUACCUUCAGGAUAUGUUCUAGAAUGCAUCAGCUUCU